UAUAGCUGUAAUUCUAUGACUGGUUGGGGUGCGUUUCCAUCUGCCAUACUCCCUUUGCAGGUCAGGGGAGUGGACUUAAUGCUGCAAGCUGAGGACAGCUGUCUGUUACUGCCUCUCAUCCCUAGUUGGUAUCGGAAUUAUUUGCUGUCACGUUUGUUUCUUGUUGAGGCGAUAUUUUAAAGAUGGGAUGACACACAUCUUCUGAGGGCAGGGGACAAUUUCAUCUCAACAUGUUUUCAGAAAACAUUUAUAUUAACACGAACUUCAAAAAUAAAAUUGACUUCUCAGACAUCGACACAGACUCUUGGCCAGCUCCCCCAAAGAAGAACACGUCUCAGAAAAGUUGUCACAAAUUCUCUAAGGUCCUCUUUACCUCACUCAUAAUCUAUUUCCUGCUGUUGACCAUCUUGUUCUCCAGUGCUUUGAUCACUUUGUUUACAAAAUAUUCUCAGCUUCUUGAAGAAAAAACAAUUAUAAAAGAACUGAACUAUACUGAAUUGGAGUGUACAAAAUGGGAUUCACUCUUGGAAGACAAAGUCUGGAGCUGUUGCCCGAAGGAUUGGAAGCCAUUUGGUUCCUACUGCUACUUCACUUCAACUGACUUGGUGGCAUCUUGGAAUGAGAGUAAGGAGAACUGCUUCCACAUGGGUGCUCAUCUGGUGGUAAUCCACAGCCAGGAAGAGCAGGAUUUCAUCACUGGGAUUCUGGACACUGGUACUGCCUAUUUUAUAGGACUUUCAGAUCCAGGUCAUCGACAAUGGCAAUGGGUUGAUCAGACACCAUACGAUGAUAAUGCCACAUUCUGGCACAAAGGUGAGCCCAGCAAUGACAACAAACAAUGCGUUAUAAUAAAUCAUCGUUGGAGUACUGGAUGGGGCUGGAGUGAUAUCCCUUGCAGUGAUAAACAGAACUCAGUUUGUCAUGUGAAAAAAAUAUACUUAUGAAUCACACAUUCUCCAUGGCCAUGGGGUUGUAUUGUUAUCUACCAUUACGCAGACACUUGGAAAGUUCUUCACGUGGAACAGAGGUCCACAUGGACAGAAUUUUAGGUAGGCAGCCAAUGGUUAUACAUAUGACAAUACUGGUACAUAUGUAAAUUUACUUGGUCAUCAUCAUUAUCUUACAUAAUGAGAAAUUUCCAUGUACCAGAGACUUUAUAGGAGACUCUGUGCAUAUGUGGAAGCAACAAACAUCUCUGCCCAUUCUCAGAUUCCCAAAGUUUUAUUCCUUUUACCCAUUUCUCUCUCUCUCUCUCUCUCUCUCU